AUGAACGAUAAACUUCCGCCUCCGCCUCCGCCUCCACUCCCAUCUAGUCGAAAGGACGAAAUCCCGAUACCAAGCACUGCAAUAAUGCCUCCACCUCCGCCGCCACCUCCACAUCUGUUCAGAUCAUCAAGACCUGCGAGCCCCGUACCCUCACCUCCUCCAGUGACUUCUGAAGCAUUUGAGCCAAUCGACAAAGCACACUAUCUCCAGUUCCUCAAAAACACAAAAGCAAAUAUGCCCGGUGGACCUUUCCAGCCAUUCCACAUGUUCUUCUACGGCUCACUCAUGGACCCUGAAGUCCUGCAAGCAAUUCUCAAUCUCCCGGACCUCCCAACCACCCGUCCCGCUACCAUAUCCGGUUUCCGCAUUAAAAUGUGGGGCAUAUAUCCCGCAUUGUUACCGUGUCAGUCUGGAAGCGUAACCGGCACUGUGUGGAAGGUGACCUCAGAGACACAGUUUGACCGUUUGGCAGCUUACGAGACGGCCGCGUACAGAUGGGACGAAUGUGUUGCGGUUCUGGAAGAUGGAGAGGUUCUCACCAAUUGCCGGACGUUCUGCUGGGCCGGAGAACCCGAUAGCAAGGAACUUGAAGACGGCAGUUUCGAUCUGGAACGCUACCAGAAGUAUUUCAAGGCUUCAGUUACUAGGCGGUGGGAGCCAGGUCUGUAA